AUGGCCUCCUCGCACCCCUCAAACGCCCCUGCUCAAGAAUACGAUCCCGAGAUCCUCGACAUUGCCUCGUACGUACACAACUACAAGAUCAACUCGGACGUCGCCCUCGAUACAUCCCGCUACAUUCUCCUCGAUACCAUCGGCUGCGGCCUGGAGGCCCUGCGCUUCCCACAAUGCACUGCUCUCCUCGGUCCAGUCGUCCCCGGUGCAAGUGUCGCCAAUGGCACCCGCGUGCCCGGUACUCCCUUCGAAUUAGAUCCUGUUAACGGCGCUUUCAAUAUCGGUGCUAUGAUCAGGUGGUUGGACUACAAUGACUGCUGGCUGGCUGCCGAGUGGGGCCAUCCUUCAGACAACCUUGGUGCUAUUCUUGCCGUUACAGACUGGAUUGCCCGGACGAACAGAGCUGGCGGGAAUGUAGCUGGCGGCAAGAUUCCCACGAUCCGGGACGUUAUGGAGGCCAUGAUUAAAGCCCAUGAGAUCCAGGGCUGCUUGGCCCUGGAGAACUCGUUCAACCGAGUCGGUCUGGAUCACGUCCUCCUCGUCAAAGUUGCUUCCGCAGCAGUCGUCAGCAAACUGCUGGGACUCAACGAGGGCCAGACCGCUGCCGCUGUCUCUCAGGCGUUCGUCGAUGGCCAGAGCCUGCGGACAUACCGACAUUCACCCAAUACCAUGUCUCGCAAGUCAUGGGCUGCCGGAGAUGCCUGCCAAAGAGCUGUGAACCUCGCUUUCAAGGUCCAGCAGGGUCAAGCCGGUAUUCCCACGGUGCUGUCUGCUCCGGUCUGGGGCUUUUACGAUGUCCUCUUCAAGGGCAAGAAGUUCGACUUCCAACGACCAUAUGGCGAAUAUGUCAUGGAGAACGUCCUGUUCAAGGUCUCAUACCCGGCUGAAUUCCACUCGCAGACGGCCGUUGAGGCCGCUCAGAAAAUAUACAAGAUUCUCGCCGACAUGGACAAAUCGGCCAAGGAUAUCAAAGAGAUCACGAACCGGACGCACGAAGCGUGCAUUCGGAUCAUCGACAAGCAAUUUAAGCCUAUGGACAACUUUGCUGACCGAGAUCACUGUGUCCAGUACAUGGUUGCUACAAUGCUGUGUUUCAACCGCUUGGAAGCCACUGACUACCUUGAUGGCGGUGAGGCUGCUACCUCUCCCCUGGUUGAGGAUCUGCGAAAGAGGAUCAAGUGUGUUGAGGAUCCUCAAUUCACCAAGGACUACCAUGACCCUGCACUGAGAACCAUCUCAAAUGCUCUGACAGUAACCUUGAACGAUGGCACCGUGCUGGAUGAAGUGGUUGUGGAGGCACCACUUGGUCACCGUCUGAGAAGGGACGAGGCCAAGCCCGAGAUUCUGGCGAAGUACAAGAGACAUUUGAGCCACCACUUCGAUGAUGCCCAGAUCAAGGACUUUGUCGCCUUGGGAACAGAUGCUUCCAAGCUGGAUUCCAUGGAGGUUGACAAGUAUAUGGACCUCUACGCCAAGGACAAGAUGAAUUGGUAG